AUGGAUCUCAGCCCGCCGGCGCCGCCUCCUCCUUCGCAAGCCGCCGACGCCGUCUCCUCCAACGCAAGCCGUCGGCGCCGCCUCCUCCGCAAGCCGCCGGCGCCGCCUCCUCCUCUGCAAGUCGCCGGCACCGCCUCCUCCUCUACAAGCCGCCGGCGCCGCCUCCUCCGCAAGCCGCCGGCGCCGCCUUCGCCGGCGCCGCCUCCUCUGCAAGCAAUGGUGUCGCCUCCUCCGCAAGCAACCGUGCCGCCUCCUCCGCAAGCCGCCGACGCCGCCUACUUCGCAAGCAACCGGCACCGCGCGCCGCCUCCUGAUCUGCAAGCCGCCGGCGCCGCCUCCUCCGCAAGCAACUGGCGCCUCCUCCUCCGCAAGUCGCCGGUGCGCCAUCUCCACGAAGAACGAACAUGUACAGAGCCUCUUCUUGUAGAUGAUCACUGCUAUGAGGAGCCAUCUCCCACAUUCAUUCGACGAAAUCCCUAG